AUGGCCGAGUUGGCGGUGGAAGCUGUGCCGGGCGCAGCUGGGUCAGAUGCGCGGCAAGAGGCCGACGAUGACCUCACCGCCUUCUUGGACCAAGUGCUGCGCUACGAGCCUGCCGUUGAAGAUGCCUUGAAGGAGAUCUUUGAUAGCAGCGACCCUCUGGAUGCUCCAGAAUUCGAUGCCGUUGGCUACAUUAACAAAUUGUUUCCUACCGAACACAGCUUGGCCAGUCUGGACGAGACGGUCUUUUCGCUGCGCAAAAAGCUACGCGUUCUGGAUCAAGACAUUCAGCAAGGCAUUCGCCAACAGUCCAAUAGUGGUGCUGGACAAUUUGCAUUGCAAACCGCCCAAGGCGGCAUGGUCGAGCUCAUGACUCGAAUCGAAAACAUUGGCAGCAAAGCGCGAGCCUCCGAGGAGAUGGUCCAGGAAAUUACCAAGGGCAUCAAGUCAUUGGACGUUGCCAAACGGAACCUGACAGCCUCCAUCACUACCCUCAACCACCUCCACAUGCUCGUCGGUGGCGUCGAAUCUCUUCAGACCAUGGCUGAACAAGGCCUCUACCAAGAAGCCGCACACCUUUUAGCAGCGACCAUCAAUGUACUUGAGCACUUUGAGGGCCAUAAAGACGUGCCACAAAUUCGUGAACUGUCUUCCAAAAUUGCAAGCAUCAAACGCAUUUUGGGCCAACAAAUUCGCAUGGAAUUUCGCACCGUCUAUCACCACAUUGAACCAGACUUUUCUGGGUAUUCGCAGGAGAAGCUACAACACGCCUGCAUGGUCCUUGACGUCCUCGACGAAGACCUGCGCGAGGGCGUCUUGGAAUGGUUUGUCGACAUGCACCUCCGCGAUUAUCCGCGGACCUUUGCUGUGUCAGGUGAUCAGGCUACAUUGGACAAGGUGGAUCGCCGCUUCGCCUGGUUCAAGCGCAUGGUGGCUACCUAUCUCGAACACUCGCACGCUCUUUUCCCACCUUCGUGGCGCAUGCCGCAACGUCUAGCCUUGCGCUUUUGUGAGAUGACAGAGCGCCAGCUACGCGAACAAAUUACCAACCAUCGCGACCAAAUAGAUGUGAAGCUCCUGUUGUUUGCCGUCCAAAAGACUUCACACUUUGAACAGUGGCUCAACGCCAAAUUUCGCUAUCGCGAAGACGAACCUGCUUCUGCUGCUGAUGAAAUUCGUCAACGCUACUUGCGUCAUCGACGUGAGCAGGAACGCGAACAACGGCGAGACAAGCGCGGUGGUGACAAGCCUUCCCGGAAAAAGGAUAAACUUGACUUUUCGAACAAGAUCUCCCACGUGUUCAGUGAAUGUCUUGACAUUUAUGUCUCGGCUCAGGAAGAGAAUCUCAACCAGAUGCUGGACCAGUUUGCCCGUGACUUCAAGUCUGCCCUGAUGUUUCCAGACGACGACGGCAGUCACGAUGAAGGCGCAAAGGUGCUUCCAUCAAGUGGUGACAUGUUUGUCUUUUUCCGAAACAGCAUGGUUCAAUGCUCGUCGCUCUCAACUGGCCAGCCGCUCUUUGAGCUCUACGCCGUUUUCAAGCGCGUGCUUGGUUCUUACACGGAGCAAAUUCUCAAGGCCAACAUGCCCAAGGCCAGCAGUUUGGCUCAACUUCUACUCAAGGAAGCGGAGCUUCGACUUUCCAAGCAGGAGAUCUACUUGGUUUGUAGUCUACUCAACACGGCUGACUACUGCCAGGAUACCACGCGCCAGCUCGAGGAGAAACUCGAAGAGAAGCUGGAUGAGCCAUUCAAGGAGAAGUUGGAUCUCAAGGAGGAGCAGGACGCCUUUUAUGAGCUGAUUGGCACUUGCUCUCAAGUACUCGUACGCACACUUGAGUCGCACUGCGAUGCUGCGCUUUCAGUCAUGAGCAAGACUCGCUGGGACGCCGUCGAGGAGGUUGGCGAUACUUCUCCAUUUGUGUCGCAGAUUGGCAAACACGUUGCGGCUACGGUGCCGUUGGGCCACAACCGGAAGUACUUUGUCAAUUUUUGUCUAAAAUUUGUGAACAGCUUUGGGCCGCGCAUCGUUGCUGCCUUGCGCAAGUGCAAAAAUAUUUCUACAGUGGGCGCUGAACAGCUCCUGCUGGAUAUGCAGUCGAUGGUGCUGGCCCCGAUCGAUCUGCCAGACAUGUUUGUGCAGGACUAUGUCAAGCUGAUUGGCACCGAUGAGGGUGUACCGGGCUUCCAGCGGGUCCUUGACAUGCGAGGGGUCAAGAAGUCUGAACAGCAGGCCUUGCUGGCUGCCUUCCGAGAGCACAUGGGCACCGGGUCUGCGUCUGCAGCCCAACAGGAGAAGUCCAAGCCCGCCAAGGGCAAGAGCCGUAACCUCAAUCUACGUGGUCUCGAGUCUUUCAUGAAGCGCUUUCCAAUCAAGGGUUCUGGCUCCCACACUUGA